CGGCCCUCCGCCGUGGGGAGUGUUUGGACAGAUUAGGAACCGAAACUUCCCCACACGUCCGGAGCGGGACGGCUGAGCUUCGCAAAAUAUACAAGAAUUGAGAGGGAGUUUAUUAAAUAAUUCUUCAGGGGAAUACCGUCAGAGCCACCGCAACCACAAAGACACGGUCUGAAGCUCCGGGUUUCGGGUCUUAUGAUGCCUACGUUGCGGGACAGCACCAUGUCCCACCCCGGAGAAAACCCUCCUCACCAGGUCCGGGUGAAAGCCUACUACAAAGGAGACAUCAUGAUCACCCACUUCGACCCCUCCAUCUCCUACGAUGUGCUUUACAGCGAAGUCCGGGACAUGUGCUCUAUGGACAACGACCAAGUGUUUACGAUGAAGUGGAUUGACGAGGAAGGAGACCCUUGCACAGUGUCCUCCCAGCUGGAGCUGGAGGAGGCGUUGCGACUCUACGAGCUGAACAAGGACUCUGAGCUCAUCAUCCAUGUAUUCCCUUGUGUUCCUGAAAAGCCUGGCAUGCCCUGUCCAGGAGAGGACAAGUCCAUCUACCGGCGUGGCGCACGGCGCUGGAGGAAGCUCUACUAUGCUAACGGCCACGCCUUCCAGGCCAAGAGAUUCAACAGGCGAGCGCACUGUGCUAUCUGCACAGACCGCAUCUGGGGUCUGGGUCGACAGGGCUAUAAGUGCAUUAGCUGCAAGCUGCUUGUUCACAAGAAGUGUCACAAGCUGGUGACGGUGGAAUGUGGCAGGCAUGUGAUACAGGAGCCAAUAAUGAGACCAAUGGGCCCAACAUCCCAUCCUUCAGAUCCCCUGGACCACGUUAUUCCAUACAAAUUGUCAAAUGAGAGCUUGAAUCAUGAUGGGGAGGAGAAAGAGGCCAUGAGCAGCAGGGAGAGUGGGAAGGCAGCAUCCAGCUUGGGCUUAGGCGACUUUGACUUGCUCCGUGUCAUCGGCCGUGGCAGCUACGCCAAGGUGCUGCUUGUGAGGCUCAGGAGGACAGAGCGCAUCUAUGCCAUGAAGGUGGUGAAGAAGGAGCUGGUCAAUGAUGAUGAGGACAUUGACUGGGUGCAGACAGAGAAGCACGUGUUUGAGCAGGCUUCCAACCACCCCUUCCUGGUGGGGCUGCACUCAUGUUUCCAGACAGAGAGCAGGCUCUUUUUCGUCAUCGAGUAUGUGAAUGGUGGAGACCUGAUGUUCCACAUGCAGCGACAGAGAAAACUUCCUGAGGAACAUGCCAGGUUUUACUCUGCCGAAAUCAGCUUGGCCUUAAACUACCUUCACGAGCACGGUAUCAUCUACAGGGACCUGAAGCUGGACAAUGUCUUGUUGGAUUCGGAGGGACACAUCAAGCUUACAGAUUACGGAAUGUGCAAGGAGGGGCUACGACCCGGAGACACGACCAGCACUUUCUGCGGGACGCCCAAUUACAUUGCCCCAGAGAUCCUGCGGGGGGAGGACUAUGGCUUCAGCGUUGACUGGUGGGCACUAGGUGUCCUCAUGUUCGAGAUGAUGGCUGGCCGGUCUCCAUUUGACAUCGUGGGCAGCUCGGACAAUCCAGACCAGAACACAGAGGACUAUCUCUUCCAAGUCAUACUGGAGAAACAGAUCAGGAUUCCCCGCUCCCUGUCAGUCAAAGCUGCCAGCGUGCUGAAGGGAUUCCUCAGCAAGGAUCCUAAAGAGCGCCUUGGCUGCCACCCACAGACUGGCUUCGCUGACAUCAUGGGCCACCCAUUUUUCCGCAAUGUGGACUGGGAACUUAUGGAGCAGAAGCAAGUGGUUCCACCGUUCAAGCCCAACAUCUCUGGAGAGUUUGGACUGGACAACUUUGAUGCUCAGUUCACCAAUGAACCCAUCCAGCUGACACCUGAUGAUGAUGAUGUGGUAAAGAAGAUUGACCAGUCAGAGUUUGAGGGAUUCGAGUACAUCAACCCCCUGCUGAUGUCGGCUGAGGAGUGCGUGUGAUGGGUCACAGUCACAGCCGGGUGAAUGCGUGUCACGGAUCAUGCUCGUCGUUCCAUCUACAGCUGUGCAUCUGCACAUGAUCCCCCGUCUCCUGCCAGCCUGGGAUCCUCCAUCCUGCUCUAAUCUUUUUGUAACUUGAUCACAGUUCUCUAAAUCCCUGCCAUUUGCAACCACUACUCCUUAUGUGUACCUUUUUUAUUUAUAUUGUUAUUUCAUUGUCAUGUAAACCAGCAUUUAUUAUCCAGCCAUUAAUUUAAUGUUACAGUAAUAAAUGGGCCUGCUAAUGGAAACCACAGAUGGUUACUUAACCGAGAAAGGAAGAUAUAUACACCAUUUAUAAGAGGCAUGUGCUUAUUCUCUGCAGAUGUUGUUUGCUACAUGUUUUAUUUCUACAUGUAACAGGAGAAUAUGCAUGGCUUCACAGUUGGUGGAUUGUGACUUGAUACGUCUGCUUGUGCUGUAAGCCUAACCAUGUGCAACCAAUGUGAAACACUAACUCUUUACAACUUCCAGACUAGCUUCAAUUGGCACUGGGCCUGGAGGGGUGUGGGAACACUAUCUUUAAUAGAAGGAAGAAAAAAAAAAAAAAAAGAACCCUAAACUAUUUCCUUGUUUUUUGUAAUCAAGUAUAUAUGCAGUGUGCACAAGUGUUGUGUUGGCCCUAGUGUGUUAUGUGGACCAGAUUUGUUCACUCAGUGUUUAUUUUAUGUGUGUAUAGUGGUGAACUGAGCCACAUGUUAAAGUGGAGAAGGAUGCUGUCUGGGGUGGAGGGAUCCUUCCUUAAAAACUGUACUUCCUUACGAAUGGAAGGAUGUAUGUAUGCCUGAGCUCUAAGGCCAGGAGUAUCACUUCCCUAUCAUCUGUCACAUGGGACCAAAAUUGAGUUUUUGGAGCGAGGAAAUGUAGGAAAAUCCAUAUUCCUGUACAGCAGUCUCAAAAAAAAUUCUCCACGUGGGAUGAUAUUUUCAUAGUUUUUACAAAAGGAAAAAAGCUUUCAUUAUUUUCUAUAACGUCUGUAACAAUACAUUGCCUUUCUGAUGCUUUCUUUAAAUUUUUGUUUAGCAUCUUU